AUGAGUGGCGUUAGUACGCGUCGCCGGCUAAUCCGAUCCGCUGGCGACCCGAAUCGAUACUCUAGUCUCGCCCGCAUCGAUAAUAUCGAUAACGAUAUGCAGCCGGAGCGUCUGAUGUCUCCAUACACGGCUAUCAUCAGACGCAGCGGCAACCCGUUUGAACUGGCACACGUACUGGUCUCCUGGCUUAUCGGUGCAGGAUAUGACGCAUAUGUGGUGAUCGGCUGCGCUAAGAGAGACGUCUGCAUGGCUAUCAGAUACCGCACCUUGUGCCCCGAAAUACCCGAUGAAACCGAGAAAGUAGUCGAGGUACCACCUUCCGAUGAAGAACCUCGAUACAGGUUGGUGCCUCUGCCAGACCUCACGUCGAAGUAUUGCAAAGAAAUGGACAUCAAAGAAGCAGAGCGACAACAAAAGGAAUUGGAUAAAAUUGAGACAGCAAAACAAAAGAAAAUAGCUGUGCGUUUAUUCCAUAAUAUCUUAUACAUAUCUAGCUGUACUUUGUAUAUAUCUUCAAUAGUUUGGGUCCAAUAUUUAUCUAAAGAUACUGUCUCUUUCGCAUACCAGGAGUUGGAACAGCCCCCACCAGAUAAGAUAGAUGGUUGGCGGACUCACGCUUGGAUCCUGGUACUGCCUGGAUUCAUGGCGGUGGAACAACCCUUCUUCAUAGAGCCUAGCGAAGGAAAAGACUAUCCACUCGACGCGCCUCAAUACCAACACCUAGACUCCGUGUACAAUCAUGAGAAUUAUUAUGUAAAUAACUACUCUGAUUUUACAACACACUUAAUGUUUAAUGACCUUCAGUAA